AUGAUAAGUUUACUGGAGGACUAUUUAGCUGACGUGGAUAAUAAAAGUGCCGUGUCAUGCGUCAAGAGUAUUUUAAAAUAUCCUUUAAAUAAAGGUGAAUUGGAUUUUUGCCUUGCCGAAGAAGAUGAAAAGGUUUUGUACGACAAAUAUUUCUACCGGAUUAUUCUUCACGUUUUUGAGAAGAUUAAACAGUCACCAAACUCAGAAAUACUACACUUAGCUAAGUAUAUUACUCAGUAUUCAAAAGCUGAUGUGUGGCUUGAGUGCAUGUGUGCCUUAGUUGGCCAAUUAGAUGCUUCCGGAAAAGAUUUGGUUGUGAAAGAGUUGGAGAGAUUUUUCUCAGAGCUUGAUAGAGUUCCCGAUUUUAUUAAUGCCUGCCUACACAACUUUGACGUCCAUUUGGAAUGUGCUCCUGCUUUCAUGGAAUCCCGUGUUAGGUUAUUGUGCAACAUUCCGGCACUUAUUUCCAACUUGAAACGUGGAGAUUGUUCUUAUUUUACCGACGAGAGUGGUUUUGUUAAAAAAGUCUUGUCGGCUUUUGAACGUGUUCCUGAAAUUUCAGAAAGAAGCUGUCAAUUUAUGGGUCUGGCAGUUAGCUGUCUCUGUAUGACAGGAUAUACUGAACACGUAUCAGAUUUCAUCAUUAAACAGAGUAUUGAUAAUACAAUCCAUUUGUGGUCAAAGCUCUUAAAAUAUGUCAACGCCAAAGGCUUGGAGAUAACAUUGUCACCGUUGGCUAAGAAAUGCCCUACUUCAAGCAUGUAUUAUGCUUUGAUAUCUGAGCUUCUAGAGACUCCCACUGGCUUUGAUGCAUAUAUGAGACUGUGUCGUCGUCUCUUCUAUAUUCGCCAAUUUCGAACAGGUAAUACCAUCAGAAACAUUUUCAGCUCCUUUUGUUUGGCGGUGAGAAAACGCGAAUCUCAGGAGAAGUCCAAACAACUGAUUAAACAAGUCGAUGAAAAUUUAGGCUUACCUGCUCUUAGCGUUUGGUCAGACGUGAGUUCCAUACAAUCAGCUUCUUUGGAAAGACGCAUAUAUGUAUCUCAGAUUUUUAUUUCGUGGUUCGUUGAUUUCCGGAAUAUGCUUAGUUCCGAAUUUACGAUAACAGAUGAUCAUCUGUUACCUGAUAUUUUAUCUGGCAUCUCUAACCACCUCGCGAGUCCAAGAAUCGAGGUACGUACUCUUGGUAUGGUGAUAGGAGACGAAGAUCAAAAGCUAAAAUUUGAUUAUGAGGAACUAGAGUUCCUGAAAUACAUCCGGCCGUACUUUGUUCCUAUGGAUGAAAAUCAUGGAGUGGAAUCUAACCUACAGGCUACCAUCCCCACUGAGACAAUAUCGGGAAGCGAUUCUCACGAAGAUACUGUCGCUUCACGUGAUCACAGGUUGAAUGGCGAAGAUGGCACUGUAAAUCAAACUGUACAUGAACUGGAUAGUGAUGAUGAUCCAGAUUCAGAUAAUGAUUCCUUGAAACCACUUCCCUCUACUCAACCUUCAAGUCACAAUGAUAAAACUCCUCAUUAUCUUCGCGAAUGCCUCGAUGGAAUGCUAUUAACUAAAGUUGAAGAUAACAAGGUAAACGUUGCAUGUACUCUAUCUGCAGAAAAGCUCAUUCGUGAUCACCCGGAAGCAGCUCGAGAACUGGCUCUAGAAUUCGCUAAUACGCUUGUUCAUGUUGAACCACCUGUAACUCCCGAUCAAAAAGAAGUAGCCCAUGCUAGACAUAAAGCCUUAAUAGCUAUUGGAGUGGUUGCCCCCAAAAAAUGUGCUCGAUACCUGACUUCACAAUUUUGUCAGCAAGACAACUCUGUGGGCAAAAAAAUGUAUAUUAUAUCAUGUCUUACUGAUAUUGCUUGUGAACUCUAUGGUGGCAAAGAGGCACUGCUUUCUCAGAAACUUUCUGCAAAGCAGCACGUGAUCGAAAAUGAUACCAUUCAAGCCAGUAAAGUUCAGGAAGGGAAGACUCGACGGUUUUUUAAGAAACGUUCACCUCCUUCGACUUUUGUCAACAAGUUUAGCCAUGUUGCUGGCGAGUUUUUCUUCCCUUUGUUAAAAAGCAUACCGAACUUAUCGCUUUCUUCUGUUAAAGGGACCUUCGCUCACCAAGAAGCAGUUCUGUUGGCCAGUUUGCUAGCUUCAUUAGGAACUAUGUACGCAUGCUCCAGAUUCUCUCCUGUUCAAAACCGGAUGGCUGACGAGCUAUUGGAUCUAAUUCCUCUGUUUUAUCGUCAUCCUGAACCUGCAGUACGACGUGCUCUACUGAUAGCUGUCGGAACAGUUAUCACUACAACUCCGUUAGAAAUCCUAUCAUCUAGACCACAGUUGAUCUUCAGGGAUUCAUUAUUACCAUAUGGUAAUAAUACAAACUCUGAAGACAAUACUCUUUCAGGUUGGCUGAAAUCUUGUUCAGUGUCCGAUACUGACACAGAGUGCCAGCUCUUGGCUAGUAAUGGUCUUUCUGCAUUAUGUGAAAGGUUUUUAGAGUUGAAUCGCAACAAGUAA